AUGGCUAAUUCUUUUUACAUCGAUUUGUCUUUAAAAUUCCCGGAUCCUUACGGAUCUGAAGUAUCACCCGUAUAUUUCAAGAAAAACAUCACGGAAGCCCUAUGCCAAUUGUUUGGUGAAGUCAGCUCAGCAGUUGAUAUUGAUCUAUUGAAAUUUGACAAGGAAGGAAGAAGAGGAAUAUUGAGAGUACCCAAAUCUCAUUACGUCAAGUUAAGGAGCAGCCUAACCCUAGCCAGCAGAUACGAAGGUACAGUCUGUUGCUACAUCAUCCACAAGGUUAGUCCUUUCCUCUUAGGGCUCCAAGGAGAUAGCAGAAACUACAACCACUGA